ACACAGCUGCGCUGGACUUUGGAGCGGACAGCCUGAGUGCUUGUCUACUUUUGGACAAAAUGGAGAAGAUUAAAUUGUUUUCUCUGAUCUGUGGAAUUCUGCAUGAGAUACAGCUCACUUCUGCAGCAUCUGUGUUUCUGUCCAGACAAUCGGCAGACACUGUUCUGUCCAGGCACAGGCGACACAACACUGGAGCUUUGGAGGAGAUGAUGAGAGAUAAUCUGGAGCGAGAGUGCAUAGAGGAAAACUGUAGCCUGGAGGAGGCUCGAGAGGUGUUUGAGAAUGAGGAAAAAACUAGGGAGUUCUGGGUCAGGUAUAUCGAUGGAGAUCAAUGUGUGUCUUCUCCUUGUCAAAAUGGUGGGACAUGUGAGGAUGGGAUGAGUGCAUAUAUCUGCUGGUGUCCAAUUGGUUUUAUCGGCAAGAACUGUGAGCUAGAGAUGGCACGCCAGUGUGAUGUAAACAAUGGGGGCUGUAUGCAAUUCUGUCUGGUGAAUAAAACUUACGGAGUGGUGUGUGACUGCGCUGAUGGAUACAGACUUGCUUUGGACAGCAGGAGCUGCGAACCUAUGGGGGAGUACCCAUGUGGCAGUUUAGGAGCGGACGUCUCCGAGGUUCUGUCUUCUAGAACACUCAUCAUUGCAGAGACCAUUGACCAAGUACACUCUGUAGAAUUGCAGAACUCAACGGAGAGUAAUGUAACACAGUCCAACAGUACAGAAUUUAGCAACACCACUAUCAGGCCGGACGCAGACAACGCCUGGGCUUUCUUUCCCACCCUGCCCACUGUCACCGAACAGAGCAACAGUGACCAGCGCAUUGUCGGGGGAAAUGAAGCCACACCUGGAGAGAUUCCCUGGCAGGUGGCGCUGGUUACUAAAGAUAAAAAUGUGACGUUUUGUGGCGGCUCUCUGCUGAGCGAGGUUUGGGUUGUGACAGCCGCUCACUGUCUGGAGGGGAAGACUGGAGCCUUCUUCAUCCGACUGGGUGAACAUGAUGUAAAGAAGGAAGAGGGAAAGGAGAGUGAUCAUGAGAUAGCCGAGUAUCACCCGCACCCCAGCUACAACUUCCAGCGCAGCCACAAUCACGAUAUCGCUCUCCUGAAGCUCCAGACACCUGUCCUGUUCUCCGACUAUGCCAGGCCCAUAUGCCUGGGACCCAAGACCUUUACAGAGAACCUGCUGAAAAGCGCCCCCCACUCUCUGGUAAGCGGCUGGGGUCGGCUGCGGUACGGCGGGCACGAGUCUGACACCCUACAGAAGGUGGAGGUCCCUUAUGUGGACCGCACAGAAUGCAAGGGCAGCGACAAGAUCUCUCGCUUCAUGUUUUGUGCUGGAUACAGCACCAUCCGCAAGGACUCAUGCCAGGGGGACAGCGGUGGUCCGCACGCCACCAGCUUCCAAGGCACCUGGUUCCUGACCGGCAUCAUCAGCUGGGGCGAUGAGUGCGCCAAGGAUGGAAAGUUUGGAAUCUACACUCGAGUGUCUAGAUACAUGAACUGGAUCACUAACAUCACCGGGAUCAGAGCGGGCUCCUCUGGAAAAUAACCCUGACCCCUGCUGUAGUGCUUAAAAUUAUAGUGCCACUUUAUCCCUGCCCCAAUCAAACAACCCCACCCACUCAGUCCUGUCUCCUCACCUUAACAAACAUACCUUCCACUUAAACCAAUCUGCCAACUCAACCCCUCCCCACCUCGAGCCUGAACAAACACACCUUCUUAGUCUAAAAUGGCAUGUGAUCAAGUGACCCAUCCUAUUCAAAUACACAGACUCAGCCACACCCCAUUUAAAUAAACAUGCCCACUAAGCCCUGGCCCCUUGUCAAACAACUCAUCCCAGGAAUAAGUCCCUCAGUGAGUAAAGUAGGCUAAAAUAAAACACUUAUAUGUUUACUAAAUUAGUUUUUAUGCAAAAAUUUAAUCAUAAAUAAAUAAAUAAAAUACUAUAAUAGUACUAUAAGACCCCCCACCCUUUGUCUGACAUUGUGCUCAGAGUGGGUAGAGUGCACCUUUUAUUUGUGUACUUUGGGUCGUAACCCAGCUCUGCUGGACCGUGUUCAAAGAUGUUGAUGGUGUGCUUCCUGGAAACGCAGGCAUGUUAGAGAACACAGGCCAAAACGAUGCCCAGGAGAGCCGAAAAAAAGCAACAUUACAGUGGAACCCAGUAGAGCAUUUAGCCCACAUCAGAUGUGAAACAUUCAUGAAGCAACACUAAAACCCCAGGCGUCCUGCAGCCACAGUUCUGUAGAACACAAUGCCACACACCCCUCUACCCAGUGUAUUAAUAAUUCAAAACACUUGCUGAAUGCUUUCCUGCAGCUGUAUGUUUCCUUACAUUCCUGACAGUCAAGGAAAACAGGAGUCAAAAGAGUCAAUAAACAUGUUUUAUACACCA